CCAAGCUAAGCUGGCCACUCUAAACAACACCGGAAAAUUGAUUUUUCGCCGAGCCGAAAGCAACAAUUAAAGCAGUUUUGCAAUUGGAAUUUCUCAGACAAUUGUAUCCCAGCGACUAGUGGAAAAGCAACCAUGACGGCUUCACAGGUUGACCAGAAACGCGCUCUCAACAAGUUGAAGCACGACCUAGAGCCCUUCCGGACGGCCAUAGUCGGGGCCUACGGCGUGCUCACCUGGGAGAAGCAAUACUACGCCGGGGUGGUCUUCGGCAGCAUCAGUGUCCUGUACUUGGCCCUCUGGUAUUUGGACUUUUCGCUGAUCACCCUGGUCUCGCUGCUGGGCCUGAUAAGCAUCCUCAUGGACUACAUGUUCCCCACCGUGUCGCGCCUCGUCUUUGGCAGCGUCAACUGGGAUGGCGACCAGGAAGCCAAGUUCGAGGACGUUUGCAGCCAGGUGUGCGCGAUCAAGGCAAACCUGGCGACCUGGUACGAGUACCUCUUCAAGGAGCGCAAGUCCACCGUGUUCGUGAUUAUCAGCAGCAUUGGACUUGUGGGUCUCGCCUGGAUUGGGGCCCUCAUCAAUAACUGGCUGCUGAUGUACUUGGCCACGCUGCUCAUCGCCAUGUGGCCGGGGCUGCAGGACAAGGACGUGUUCAAGGCCAUCACCCAGAAGGCAUCGAAGAUAAUCAACGAGAAGAUCCAAUGCGGCAAGCGAAAGUUGCAGUAGAGGGGAGGAGAGCAAGCCUCCAAGUAAAGAAGCACCUACACUCAUCAUCACCAAAUAUCUAAACAGCCUAAGUCAUAUACUUGCCAUGAAGCACCCAUCGCAUACACUUCACAAAAUAAAUUCCCGAGCAUUGCA